UCUGUCAGUCAUGGCAAGCAAAACGGUAAGCGAUAAGGCGAAAUGGCGUAGAAGGAAAAGUUCUAAAGCCGUUUACGAAGACAACGAUUGCGCGAGCCUAGCCUGGCUCCUCAAUUUCAGACUGGACGAAUUUGUCAACGUAAAAGUUCCUGAUGAUGAGCAGGAAGAGCCAAAAGUCACAGCUGAUAGUCCACCGGCUGCUAAGAAACCGCCAUAUACUUACCCAGAAUUAAUCGAAAGAGCCUUGAGAGAAAAUGGCGAAUUGACGGUAUCAGCAAUUUACCAAUGGAUCUCUGACCGAUUCCCCUACUACAAAGCGAACGAUGAGCGCUGGAAGAACUCAGUCCGGCACAACCUGUCAAUCAAUCCUCACUUUCGGAAAGGAGCACGGGCAUCACAAGGUGCUGGUCAUCUUUGGUCACUGGCAGCCAAUGCUAUCGAUUUGUUACCAUUGAGGAAUCAGUUUGUGGACGCUGAGAAGAUAGAAGAAGUUCAGGAGGCACAAAUUAUUGAGUGCCCAAAAGUCAUAGUUUUAGAUGAAGCUGCAAUAGCUGCCGCUAGUAUCAUUCCAGAUCAAGAUUUAUUCACAGGUAACACAAUGUUCCUAAAUCCAGUGUCAACAGAGCAGGUGGUUCGUGAGUGUGGUCUCAUCACUAUGUGAUAGAGAAAUAACUUAGUGUAAUUAUAAUGUAUUGAGAAAGAAAAUUAGAGAAAUUCUAUUAAAUUAUAAGUCUUAUUUUCACUCGUUUAUUCAUUUAGUGAUCAACUAGAAGUGUCUUCGUAUUUAAACGCCAAAUUAAUGGCCAAACUUGUCUUGUUCUUAUGAGAUGCGCAAGAAACUAAACAUAAUUUGUUUUCUUCUUUGUUAUUUUUAGUUAACUAGACUAUUUACUAAUAAUUUUUUAAUGUAUAUUUUAGUAUGUAGAUGUUCUUAUGCUCAUACAAAUCACACACACACGCGCAAUAAUACGAUUGUACUAUAAAGCAUGUCGCUCCGAUGAGACAGAAAGCUUACAAAUUGCAGAUCGGAUAUCAUGUUGAAUAACUUGAAAUACUCGUAGUUAGAACAUUGUGCACGCUCGUUUGGAUGAGUAACUUUCACUUAAUUUUAUGGUCAAUUAGUAACAUUUUGUAUUGCCUUUGUUAAAAGGGCGAAUGAGCCAGAUUUAAGUUGCAUGAGUCUUUCUUCAAAUCUCUACAAAUUAAGCGUCAGUCCAGACAUUGGUAACGAUGCAUUAACGAUGUAACACGUGGUUAUAACUUCUUACAGUGCCAGUCUGUGGAAAAAGGUGAUCACCAACAUAAGUGGGUUGUACGUCUUUCUAGAAUGAAUUUUAUUAAACCAUUUCCUAAAAGUGGAUAUUUAUAUACAUAUAUAAUGUGAAUAUCUAAUAUAAUGUUCCCUCGUCAUGAACGUUUACAUUGUUUACACUGUUACACGUCAGAGUUCGUUCUUACGGAUUAGUUGUGAGCGGUAAUCGUUCACUUUGCAACAAGUAACUAGCUGUUUAAAGACUAUGAUCAAGUUCAACUUCAGCUAAUCACUAAAUUACUUCAAACAUUAAAUAAGCCAUUGGACUAUUGAGAAAGCUGUCUUAUAGUAUUUGAUAUUUAAUAUCUUUAUAUAGAUUACAUUAUUAUAUAUUAUGUUUAAUUUAUUUUUCUUAGUAUUCUUAUGCAAUUAUAAAUAUUUUAUAAUUGCAUAAGAUUUGAUGCAAGUAUAAAUAUUUUUUUCAGAACAGAUUUAGAUUUUAAGUGUUAUUGAUAUUUUUUUUAUUAUUAUUUUUUAUUGAGAAAGAACGCUAAAUAAAGGACAUCUUGUCAGGAAAGAAACGAAUGAGUACUUAGAAUACGACCAAGGUCAGUAUGUAUGUACAAACAUUUGUUCUGGGCAGAGAUCGAACACGCGACCCAUGAAGAGUUGCAGUCAAUACAUCACAUUCCAAUCAAUUACGCGAAAUUCAAUGCACAUUGAAAUACUUCAGACGGCUAACGAACAAAAUUAACUGUAAGAACAAACUCGACACUUAUCGUAAAGCAUGAUCAUGAAAUGUCAGAAAGCGACAUGCGACAUUGUUUAUAAUUAUUAUAACAUUUAAACGAAACACUCUUCAAAAUAGCAUAUCACGAUCAGAUACUAUGUGAUCUCUUACAGAAUACAACUGCAAUAAAUAAUAAAAAAUAAAUGCAGUCAAAAAACACGAUUAUAUUUGUUGUAGGUUUGUAUUAUUGAAUAAAAUAUU